CGCCAUUCCCAACACACUCCCCGCCCUCCUCAAAUCCUUGUUGUUGUCAUUAUUAUUAUAUAAUUAUUCCCUCUUCUAUUGCUUCUGUGUAAAGGAACCUGUUUUAUUCCCAAUUCAAGGCGAAGGAUGAGUUGCAGCGGCUGCAGAGUGCUUCGAAAGGGCUGCAACGAAGCUUGCGUUCUAAGGUCCAGUCUCCACUGGAUUCAUUCGCCGGAAGCCCAAGCCAACGCCACCUUGUUUCUCGCUAAAUUCUUCGGCCGUAGUGAUCUCUUGUCCUUCAUCGCCGCCGUCCCCCAUCAUCAAAGACCGGCUCUGUUUCAGUCUCUGUUAUUCGAGGCUUGCGGCCGCACCGUCAACCCAGUUAGCGGCGCCGUUGGUCUCUUCUCCAGCGGGAACUGGCACGUCUGUCAGCUGGCGGCGGACACCGUUCUCAGCGGCGGAGUUCUCCGCCCCAUACCCGGAAUCGAACUUUCGGGAAAUCCCACGCGCAACCUCGAUGAUUCCUCCCUUACUUUCAAUACCGAUGUCUGGACCACCACCGCACAAAAUCUUCAACUCUACCCAUCCAGUCCGUCGGAUUUCCGGUGUCUCCCUGAUCUCGCCGUCGCCGCCAGAACAGCGAAGAAUCGGCGGUCUCUAGAUUCCGAAGACUCGAUCAUGACCAGCUUCGGAAGCGGUGACCGGCGGAAACAGAGGAAGCUUUUAAAUUUAUUCAUCUGAAAAAGAGAGGGAGAGAUUAUUGGAAUUUUGUUUUUGAGUUUAGUAGCGCUAUGGCGGUGCUAUAGAGAUGACGACAGCGAAUAAUCCAUUGAGAUUUAAUAAUCAGUUCGUCACA